CCACAGGUCCGCAUUUCAGCCACCAGCCGGAACCAACAUCGAGCUCAGAAUGUGCUCUGCAUGGCACUACACGUCCGGUCGUCAUUGGGCUCCACAUUCCCCAUCCAGUAGAUCCCGCUUAACCCAACGAGAGAUAUUCUCAAUCAUUUCGAGCCUGGAAAAUAUUGCCUUUCUCGCUGCAUGUCGUCUUCCGCUUACCAUCCCACGACAGGUCUCCCGUUGGGACCUCCCACACGUGCUUGUGACUCUGCGUGAUCGAUCGCAGGGGCCUCCCCACAGAAUGAAUGAGCCAGUGCUCGCUUCUCGCUUCUGUAACAAAUUCGGAGGAUGGUUUGGACGGGUGAGCAGCUCUAUCAUCUGCUUUUUCACGGAUUAUGGAAACUUUGUGUUCUUCAUGAUUGACGCCAUUUUCCCGUCCAUGUUCACAUUCAUGUCUUGGAAGAAAUCUCAGCUCUCGAGGAUAAGGUCAGACUGUAAAGGACGUCAUUGAUCUGCUUUGAAGGCCCGCUCGGAACAAACUCCGUCUGCUCGAGUGGACUCGACAGCUCCGAGCUAGGCUAGGAGUGAAUUGGGCGGGGCGAGUGGAGGAAGGCCCAGGGCAACGCCGAUCUUCGGAGAGUGUACUGGAAAGAAGAAGGGGAAAAGGGGCAACCAUUAUGAGCAGCCAUAAUGUGGGAGAUUCUCGUGCAUGCCGCUAGGCAGCGAGCAGGACGAGCAGUGAAGUCCACCCUCGCCAGCCAGCCCGCCCGCAACAGGGCACGCUCACUUCCCCCUCGUAGCGCUAGCCAGUGGUGCGUCAGAUAUCUAUCUGUAUCUCUGCCUGCGGCCUACGAGUCACGGCAUCCCCAUCGGCAUUGGCAUUGGCAUUCCCGUUUUCGUUUUCGUACGAGCGAUCGGCACGCUGGAUUCAGCCGAGCAUGCUUUCGGUUGUGCUGUGCUGCGCUGGGGCUGCGUUGCCACCAGCCAGCUGAAUAUUUCUCGAAUACCUUCGUCGAUAAAAAUAACACACCGAGAGACGCCCCUUGAUCUGAAACUCGUCGAGCUGAAGAUUAUCUUACGAAGUCUUCUCUCUUUCAUCUCCAUUCGGGAGUCUGUCCACCGAGGUGUACAGACGGGCAUGCGUUGGAGUACGCAUGCCCGCUUCUUUCGACUUCUUCCAGUCAAGGAGGGGAUGCAGUUGAAUUUUGCUGAUCCACUCUCCCAGAGCAAUCGUAAUCGCUUUCGGCAUCCCGACUCGCGAAAGGCGAUCAUUUCUCCGCUGUGCCAGACGGAUUGUAUGUGGCCCUCAAAGUAAAUCAUGGAUGUGGAUCUCUGUGCAGUCUACUCCAUGAAGGAACUCCACGGCGUGUGUGUUGUAGAUUCUUCCGGUGGAUCCCCCGAACCGAAGCACGAGUUGGUGACUGGCCACGGCAAAUCAAUCUUCAAUCAGUCAUCCACUACCGCAUAUGCUCUAACUAACGAGAUUGCCUUUUCUUCUAAGUCAUCGACGAUCCGAUCCGCAGAGAGAAUUCAGACCGGGCGCGACCGCGCUAUUGCAUCAUGUGCGAGUUCGCUUCGUUGUCCCGCAACUUGCACUUGAUCCGCAAGUGGUUCAUCGAUCAUCAGUAAACCCUGCUCCAUGGGGCAGGAAACAUUUUAUACAUUGAUUGCACGGGCGAAUUUUUUUCCAAAAGUUGCUUCAGUAAGGCUUAUUAUUACACUUCGUACGUGUGUCUCUGUACCUUCUCGACUCCCACGUGCCUUGUGGAUUUCUCUUCGACAGUGGUCCUUCAACAGUCAAAUAUAUGGAUAUAAUUCGAGAACACUGAUGUCGAGAAAUUUGUUCGUUAGAGGAGAUCGGCUGAACGCCAAGUGGGAAUUUUAUCAGGUAACGAACCUUCUACUUCUGAUAUUAUUCCAUAGCACUGAGAGAAAGUCGAGAUUCCAAGUUGCUGAAAUUGCAACUUGGACUCUCGACUUUCUUUUCGUUCGUCACAAUAUUGUUUCAUUUUUCCGUCCAUGUUCUUCUCGAGGAAUUAAGAAUCUGGGUUAUAUCCGAGUCCAUAUAACAGUCCAGUUCGUUGGUUGUGAAGAGAAACUUGAAUGACAGUUUCAAAU